CGCCCCCGUAAACAGAAACAAAGAUGGCGGAUCUCCUUGGUUCCAUACUCAGCUCUAUGGAGCGACCGCCGCAGGUCGGCGAUCAAGAAACCAGACGCAAGGCCAGAGAGCAAGCUGCAAGACUUAAAAAGAUGCAAGAGCAUGAGAAGAGACAGAAAGUGGAAUUUAGGAAACGGAUGGAGAAAGAAGUGUCUGACUUUAUUCAGGACAGCACGCAGACCAAGAGAAAAUUCCAACCCAUGGGGAAGAUUGAGAGAAGCAUCCUACAUGAUGUGGUGGAAGUAGCUGGUCUGACUUCUUUUUCAUUUGGAGAAGAUGAGGAAAGCAGAUAUGUCAUGAUUUUUAAGAAGGAGUUUGCUCCCUCUGAUGAAGAGUUAGAAGCUUACCGUAAGGGUGAAGAGUGGGACCCACAGAAAGCUGAAGAGAAAAAGAAAUUAAAGGAGAUGGCACAGAAAGAGGCAGAAGAAGCUGCUUUGAGAGCUCCAACAAGUGUAAAUCCAGCUACAGACUACAAGGAUAAAUAUAGCCACCUAAUUGGAAAGAUUGCUGCAAAGGAUGCUGCCCAUACCCUUGAAGCCAACAAAGCAUAUGGAUGUGUUCCUGUUGCAAACAAGAGAGAUAAACGCUCCAUAGAGGAGGCCAUGAAUGAAAUUCGCAAGAAGCGCCAUAAGAAUGAGGAUGGAGACGCGGCUUCUGGAAGUCUUUGAACACGUUUCAUUUCCCCUCUCCUGCCUGGCCCCAGCUCUGCCUCAGGAAACUUUCAUUGAUGAUUUUUUUUAUUUGAGAUGGAGAAUUGUUUUAAAUUAUUUUAAACUUCUUUAAUAUUGGAGGAAAUGUCAGACCAAACUGGUGCUGUCCUUAUUAUCCAUCUGUCAGCAGAAUUACAUGAAAAUGAUUUUUGUUUUUACUAUACGUUUGUGAUGACAUCUGCCACUGUUCCUCAGCCUCUUUGAAGGAUAUAAACAACCAAGUUUUAGCUAUUUUUCUAGAAGUCUAUCACAACAAAAAUAUCCGAGUGUUUUGUUUUUUUUAAAUGUAUUUAUCGAUAAACCUUUUUAUUUACUAGAAGGUGUAUCAGUUUGAGAGAAUUUAGCAUGAAAACAUUUGGAAGAUGCCUUAUUUAUGCUAGGAAGAACUCAUUGACAAUAAUUAAUAAGAACAUGGACCUUUAUGUAUUAUAUUUUUUUGGAACUUAUGACUUUUUAAUGGUGAAAGCUUGAGUUUUUAACAUAGUGCCAGUGUAAAACUUUUUCUGCUAUUCUCAUUUGGUAUCAAGAGUUCCAGCUCUUCAUUAUUAUUUUAAUAUUUUUUUUUAACCACAGUAACUUCAUAAAGUUUCUUAAAAAUGUGCAAUUAGAGGCUUUGCUUCACCUCAUCUAAUGUUCAGAUGGGGGUGUGAAUGUUUCGGGGGUUGUAUAUUCAACUGCCCUAUUCUUUGUAGACCUGGAGAGUUAUUGAAAGGGUGAUAUGCAAAGGAAGAUCUUCUUGGUGUAUUGUGUAUGCCCUCUGCUUGACCAUGCACCGCGCAAAUCCGUUCCAUGAAUAUAACAAUUCAGCAACAUCACCAUUAACUCUUCACUUUGGAAAAAUAUUCAAAUAAACCCGUACUUCUAUAUCUGAA